AUGGACGCCAGCAUACAGAAACCGCUCCUGGGAGUGCCCGGCUCAGCGUAUCAGACCUUCCCGCAGAGGUCUGCCCACCAGCUGGACCGGGAAUACAUCAGAACCCUUCAAAACAAGCGGCUCUUUCUAGCAGCUUUCGCUGCCGUCCUGGGGAACUUCAAUUUCGGGUACGCACUGGUUUACACGUCCCCUGUGAUCCCUGCCUUGGAAACAUCCAACAUCCCUGCCCUGAAAAUCACCCGGGUGGAGGAAUCCUGGUUUGGGUCCGUGUUCACGCUGGGAGCUGCCGCCGGGGGCCUCAGCGCCAUGCUCCUGAAUGACCGCCUGGGUCGGAAGCUGAGCAUCAUGUUCUCAGCCGUCCCUUCCGCUGUCGGAUACGCCUUCAUGGGCAGUGCCCAGGGAGUCUGGAUGCUGCUGCUGGGGCGACUGCUGACGGGCUACGCAGGUGGCGUGACGGCGGCAUCCAUACCGGUCUAUAUCUCCGAGAUCUCCCACCCUGGGGUCAGAGGAGCUUUGGGUUCCUGCCCUCAGAUCAUGGCUGUCCUUGGCUCCCUCGUCCUCUAUGCCCUGGGCCUGAAGCUCUCCUGGCGCUGGCUGGCCGUGGCUGGGGAAGUGCCGGUUCUCACUAUGAUCAUCCUGCUCUGCUUCAUGCCCAACUCGCCCCGUUUCCUCAUCUCGAAGGGGAAGGACGACGAGGCAGUCGGGGUGCUGCGCUGGCUCCGGGGACCGAACACGGAUUUCCGCCGGGAAUUUGAGCAAAUCAAAGAAAGCGUGAGGCAACAGAGCAGACGGAUUUCCUGCGCGGAGAUCAAGGACCCGUUCAUUUACAAGCCCAUCCUGAUCGCGGUACUAAUGAGGUUCCUGCAGCAGCUCUCAGGCGUCACCCCCAUCCUGGUGUAUUUGCAGUCGAUAUUUCAGAGCACAGCUGUGAUAUUGAAGCCGGAGUACGAUGCAGCUAUCGUAGGGGGAGUUCGCUUGGCGUCUGUGCUCAUCGCCGCUGUCUCUAUGGACAAAGCUGGGAGGAAAAUUCUUCUCUUCGUAUCGGCUGGGAUCAUGUUUGCCUCAAACCUGACCCUGGGGCUCUACAUCCACUACACGUCGCUGCCUUCUCACAACUCUACCACGGCCGUCAUUAACGGGACCCUAGUGAGCCCAGAAAGCCUUACUGCAGAGCCCUCCGGCUACAUCACCCUCAUCCCCCUGGUGGCUACCAUGCUCUUUAUAAUGGGUUAUGCCAUGGGCUGGGGCCCCAUCACCUGGUUGCUGAUGUCAGAGAUCCUCCCUCUGAAGGCCCGUGGGGUGGCGUCAGGCCUCUGUGUCCUCGUGAGCUGGCUCACGGCCUUUGCGCUGACCAGAUUCUUCCUGCUGGUUGUGCAAGACUUCGGCCUUGAAGUCCCGUUCCUGUUCUUUGCGGUCAUCUGCGCAGGGAACCUCCUCUUCACGGGUUGCUGCGUCCCAGAGACCAAAGGCCGAUCCCUGGAGCAAAUCGAAUCCUACUUCAGGACUGGGCGGAGAUCCUUUAUGAGGAACCACAUAUGA